AUGCGUUUUCGGACGUUCGUUCUCCUGGGUAUUUUGCCUUGGGUACUCGGCGAAGUGAUUGACCUCUCGCAGUUGUCAUGGUCCCUCUCGAACCAAAACGGCUCCAUCGUGAUACCGGCGUCCAUACCGUCGCAGGUGCAUAUAGAUUUGUUGAAGGCAGGUCUCAUAACCGAGCCGCUUUUGGGAGUCAACGACUUCACCGAACGAUGGAUCAUCAACGACAGCUGGACAUACACGGCCGAUCUAGCCCCUCUCCUCCGCGGAACAUCUGCGCGCGAUAUCAGCUCUCUCCUCGUGUUCUAUGGCCUAGAUACCGUUGCAAGCAUCACCUUAUUUGGCCAUCCUGUCGCAUGGGUGAACAACCAGUUUCGGCAAUAUGUUUAUGACGUGACCCAUAUCCUGAGCUCAACAUCAGCGAGACACACCAAUUUGACAAUCGCGUUUGAGUCGGCUUGGCUCUAUGGUCUGAACGUGACGUCGAGGCCAGACGCCGAGUUCUUCCCGAAUACAAAUGAGGUUACUACCAGCGAUAAUUAUGAGUAUCCUGGCGUCCGUCAGUGGAUAAGGAAGACAGCCUCAGACUUUGGAUGGGACUGGGGACCAGCAUUUAUCCCCACCGGCAUAUUCAAACCAGCGUUCCUCGUCACCUUGGCAGAGAUGGAACAUGACAAGCCGCCUCCAGGUGGCGAGCAGGUCAUAUUCCUCGAGGAGCAAACUUUAGAGGUGUACAAGCCAGGCCAAACUCUCGCAACUCGCCCAGACGAAUCUGCGGACUGGAUCGUCAACGUUACCCUCGGAGUGCGCUCCGCGUCUGUGUUCUCCCGGCCCGAAAUCACCGUGGAGUUUCCCGAGCUGAACUUCUCAAAGACGGUUCCGGUAUCUCCCAUCGAUAAGACCCUCGACGACGGACAGUUUAUCUCUGCCAAUGUUAGCAUCCCCGAAGGUCUUCCUCAGCGCUGGUAUCCACACAACCUCGCGACUGGUCCCAAGAGGUACAACGUCACUAUCACCCUCGCUGGGUCGUCCGCGUACAACGUCAGUUUCAACACCACCACCGGAUUCCGCACGAUCUUCCUCGCGCAAGGACCGUACUCUCAACACGACAUUGAGAAACGCGGCAUCACCCCGGGGGACCAAUGGCACUUCGAGAUCAACGGCGCGGCAUUUUAUAGCCUCGGAACGAACAUAAUUCCCUUCGAUCCGUUCUACGCGAGGACAACUACCGAGCAGGUUCGUUGGGUGCUCGAAAGCUCGGUCGCAAGUGGACAGAACAUGCUGCGCAUAUGGGGCGGAGGCAUUUACCAGCCUUCGGCGUCAUCGCCGGGUGUAUACGAUUUUUACGACCUCUGCGACGAGCUCGGUAUCCUCGCCUGGUCGGAGUUGAUCUUCUCGGAUACAUUGUACCCCAUCAACGACUUCUUGCUUGCAUCCAUCGAACCCGAAGUGCGUCAGAACGUAAGGAGGGUGAAGCGCAACCCGAGCAACGCACAAUGGGCCGGAGGCAACGAGAUCGAAGGGAUCGUCAUCUCCGCCAACGAAUCCCUCCCGAACGGGACGCAUUAUCUCGACGAGUUCGUGUUCUUGUUCCAAGACUAUCUGCACGACAUCGUAUCAUCCGAGACGAACUCGGUUGCGUACACGGAUUGCUCGACGACCAGCGGCCCUUUGACUUUGGAUCCUCUCGUCCAGCGAUUCAAUAACAAGACUGCUGGCUUCAUAUAUGGGAAUGGAGAGCGCUAUAACUAUGACGCAUCACAAGCCUUCAACUACAGCACAUAUCCUGUUUCGAGAUUCAUCAAUGAAUUCGGAUUCCACUCGAUGCCAAGCUUCUACAGCUGGGAGGAGGUAUUGACGUCAUCGGACGACUUUUCGUUUAACUCGACCGUAGUCGCCUCGCGGGAUCAUCAUCCGCCCGCCGGUAACCUCAGCUUCCCGAACCCCAACGCGCCGCAGGGACAGGCGCAGAUGACGAGCGCGGUUGAGCUUUGGUUGCCCACCCCGGGCACCAACGACGCUAAUCAGACGUUCGCGCAAUGGUGUUGGUCGACGCAGAUAUUCCAGUCGAUGACGAUGGUGUCCCAAAUCGCGUGGUAUAGAAGGGGUGCUGGGCAAGGAGAAAACAACCUCGGCGCGCUUGUCUGGCAAAACAACGAUAUAUGGCAGGGGGUCAGCUGGUCCGCCAUUGAGUACUCGGGGAGGUGGAAAGUUCUGAAUUACGGGCUCGCUACGAUAUUCUCGCCUGUGGUCAUCAACGCGUUCUGGACGCCCGACAAUCAGACACUCGAAGUCCUCGUCACGUCGGAUAGAUGGGAAGAAGUCAAGGGUGUGGCGGAGCUGUCGUGGUACGCGUGGAACGGGACGCUUCUAAGCAGCGAUACCAUCGACUUUACGACCCCUCCGUUAAACAACUCGGUCGUGUUCAGUGGGAUGGGCUUGGACCAGAUUCUUCCGCUGGGCUCGGUGCCGGCAGAUGUGUGGCUUCGAAUGAACCUCACCGCGUUGGCGGAUAAUCGAACUGUCACCAAUGAGCAAUUCUUCUCUCCGGUGUCACUAGCAAGUGCGAACCUCGUUGACCCGCUGAUCACCGUGACUCGGGGCGAUGACCUGACUUUCACUCUUUCUGCGGCCGGCGGUGUCGCGCCGUGGACGUGGGUGGACCAUCCUGCCGGCACAGUCGGUUAUUUUGUCGACGAUGCCACGCUCCUGCCGCUCAACGGGUUCUACCUAAUCCCUGGCCAGGACAGAACAGUCAGAUUCGUUAUGAGCCGCGGACUCUCCAAAGCACAGUCCCCAGACCCUGCGGAUUUCGUGGUUCGCUCGCUAUGGAACAAUACACAUACGUGA